AUGCCGUGUAUUUGUUAUGCGAACAAAACUUUUACCGGAAAGACAACUGAAGAAAUUAUUGAAAUGUUGAUAAAAGAGACGGAAAUUGACACUAAAAGUACAGCAUCAGCUAAAAAUAAGUUGAUAAGCAAGAUAGAUAAUAGACCAACAUCAAAAGCAAUUGGUUCUAUUGGACUAUGUAUUAUCUUACUUCUAACAGGAUGUAUGGUUUUGUCAGACGCUGUAAUAGCUUUUUUUAAAAUAAAGGAAAUGAUUGGCGCUAAACUUAAAGAAAAAUACAGAAAAACAUAUGUGAAAAAGUAUGUGACGUCACUCUGUAGCAACUUACAGACAUGUUACAACUGUGGUGUGGAGUGUGGUGGCAUGGAAUUAACUGGUUUGAACCAGUCGGAAUGUAUAGCGUACUUAGAUCACACAUCAGUAUUUGUGGUGGAGUACCGUCCUUCUGAUACCAAGUGUGUGUUGGGCUCAUGCAACGGAAUCGAUUAUAAGAAUCCAUACUAUUACGAUAACGUCAGAGCAUUUAGAUACACGUGCACAACAGAGUGCCUGGACUUUUCACUUGAUGAGGACUCAAAUCGUUACAUUAGUAACACACCUACUAGCGAGAUAAGCACAACUAGAGCUCUGUGUAUAGAACUAUGUUUUGACAUAGAGUAUUGCUACAUGUGGGAACAUGUGGGAACAUCCUGCAUACUCUAUGCCGACUGUGGACUUACUCUUUCUUGCUCAACAUCUUUCACUAUAGACAUUAGUCACAAAACGUUUACAAGAACAUGUCUGGAAAAUUGUGGUGACCCUCAGGUACCUGCAAAUGGAAAUGCUACAUACCUAGACACAACGGUUGAGUCAGUGGCAUAUUUUUACUGUAAUGAAGGGUUUGUCGAGGUUACAGGUUCGAACAACCAGACUUGUCAAUCAAACGGCACGUGGUCAUUACCCCAGCCAUUUUGUGAACUGAACGAAACAACAACAACAUCAACCACAACGGUUACUACCACUACUGCACUACCUCCAACAACAACAUCAUCAGUUACAACAGUAGCUCCUACCACAACUCCAAAACCAACAACCACAACUACUGCUACAACUACUACUGCUACUACUUCUACCACUCCGAUUCCGACGACGACGACGAUACCUUCAACUGCGGGUACGUCAUCAACGUCAACGUCAAACUCCGCCCAGGUUAUGACGUCAUCAGCUACAUCAAGACCAACAUAUACCAUAACUGCUCCAAAAAUAUACAUCAUGCCCUGCAUAUGCUACGAAAAUAAAACUUUUACGGGAAAGUCGAAUAAAGAAAUUAUUGAAAUACUGAUAAAAGAGACUGAGAUUAACACGAAAAAUACGUCACAUGCACUUUAUAAACUUAAAAGUAGAGAAGAUCACCGACCGACCUCUCAAGUGAUAGGAUAUACCGGUCUGUGCUUUCUGAUUAUAGCAUUCUGCUGUAUCAUUGGGUCAGACGCUUGCAUCAUUGUAGCAAAACUGAAGGAAAUGAAUCAGAGGUCGAAUAAUUAAUUAUUAGAAGAAUUAAACG